GGCCAUUUCCAAUCAUUCCCCUUCACCACCUUUCCAUCUUCGGGCCAUGCCCCCUUCCCAUUUAUGGCAACCCUCCUCACCUUUCACGUUUACUCUUCUUCCCUUCUUCCCCACGUCACACAUAGCAUUGCUACUAGCUAAAACACCUAACCCUAGUCAUAUCUGCCGUAAGGGGAGAGAAGAGAGGAGAUCGAUGGCCAGGGGGAAGACUAAGAUCCAACCGAUCGAGAACAUGACCAACCGGCAGCUCACCUUCGCAAGCAGGCUGUGCGGCCUCCGCGAGAGGGCGGAGGAGCUCUCCGUCGUGUUUGGUGCCAAGGUCUUGAUGCUCAUGAUCUCUAGCACCAACAAGUUCCAUGAGUACAUCAGCCCUGAUACCUCAACAGAGGAAAUGAUCGAUGAGUACCAGAGAAGACGAGGCCUUGAUCUGUGGAGCUCCCACUAUGAGGCUAUGGAAGACAAUUUGAGGAAGGCGAAAGAGGAGAACAGAGAUCUCUAUCUAGAAAUCAGUAAGAGAAGGAUGGGUGAAGGCUUAAACGACAUGAUCGAGAAGGAACUGCGGGAUCUUGAGCAAGAGAUGCAGCUUGCUUUGACUGCUAUUCGUGAACGAAAGAUAGAGGUCAUCUCCAACCAAAUCGAGACAAGCAAGAAGUUGGUAAUGUUUUCCAAACAUACGAGGAAAGCUGAAGAGAUAAGCCGAAGAUUCCUCCAAGAAUAUGAAGCCAGAGAGGACGAUUCGCAUUAUGGCGUAGUCAGUGAUGGAGGCAUUGACCCGAGUUUUUUGAUUGGCUGCACAAGUGGAGGGGGUCAUGUGUCCGACCACGGACCACCGCCUUUUCCUUUUAAUGGAGAUAUGCCGGAGAUGACAACCGAUCUCUUGUUCGAUAUAAAUAAUUUGCUCGAUCUUCUAUCAUCAGUCAAUCAAUCUUUAGUAUUAAAUUGAACAACCAGUUUGAUGUAUAAGAACUGCUUUCAAUUACUAUAUAUGUUUCAAGAGACACAGCCAGGAGUGUGUUUGUACUUUUUA